AUGUUAGAUUUGAAUAACCUUCCAGAAGAGGAGAAUGACGAAGUUGUUACCCAAUAUGAACAAUAUAAUGCAAUUGGACAAAGCAAAACACAAAAUUACGAACCUUUCGUUGGCCAAAUCUUUUGCACUUUUCAAGAGGCAUAUGUUUUCUACCAAAACUACGCUAAACAAACUGGUUUUACAGUUCAUAAAGAUCGAUCAGAUAAAAGAAAUGACAAGACAGUCAAGCGUGAUAUCUGUUGUCAUCGGCAAGGGAAGAAACGAUUAAAAGUAAUUGAUGUUUCCAAACGUCAAAGAAACACACCGUCGAUAAAAUGUGAGUGCAAUGCUCAUAUUCGUGUUACUUUGAAAAAAAGUUGUGAUAUAUUCCCCGAAGAAUGGCACGUCACAAAGUUCGUGAAUGAUCACAAUCAUGUUUUACUAUCAAGUGAGGAAAUGCGUUUUCUUCCUUGUAACCGCAUUAUCACUCAAGAGGAUGAAGAACAAAUUCUAUUUUAUAAAGAGGCUGGACUUGAUGUUCGACAGAUAAUUCGAGUCAUGGAGCUUCAAAAACAAGUUCAACAUGAAGAUCUUCCAUUCAUAGAUAGAGACAUUCGAAACUUAUUUACUAAAGUGAGAAAGUCCCUUGGUUCAAGUGAUGCAAAAGAUCUUAUAGAUUAUAUGGAAUCUUCAAAGCAAAAAGAUAUCAAGUUUCAUUAUGCAUACACAGUAGAUGAUGAAAGGAGAUUGGAAAACAUAUUUUGGUGUUAUCCUCAAAGUUUCGAAUGGUAUGAAAGGUAUGGUGAUGUGGUUGUCUUUGAUACGACAUAUAAGGUCAAUGCAUAUGACAUGCCUUAUGCACUUUUUGUUGGCAUCAAUAAUCAUGGAAAUACCAUAUUAUUUGGAACUGCCCUUCUUCGUAAUGAGACUGUAAAAACUUUUAGGUGGUUAAUGAAGGUUGAUCUAGCGGUUGAAGAAAUCCGAAGUGUAGAGAUACGUGCUAAUAUGUCAAAAACACUUCAACAUCCUUCAUUAGAGACUAAAUCACCAUUGGAAGAACAAGCUUACAAAGUUCUUACUUUAUUUGCUUUCAAAAAGUUUCAAGACGAGUUUGAAAGAGCAACUCAAUAUUUGGUUGUGCGUGUUGAAGGUAAUGAGUUUAUCAUACGGUAUUUUGAAGAAGGAAAUCAUAAAUGUCACAACGUGUUUUGGGAUGGAUAUAUUGCUUCAUGUAGUUGCAAGAACUUUAAGUUUUGGGGAAUACUUUGUCGUCAUAUUUUUCGGGCACUCCUCCACAAAGAUUGUUUUAUCAUACCACCAGCUUACUUGCCUUUACGUUGGUGUUCAGAUUCUUUACAGAGUCGUCAUGUGAUUCAAAACAUAUCAAUCGGUGAGUCUUUAACCGUUGAGGCACCUAUAUGUGUAGACAGUGAACUGGAGGUAGGAAACAACAUUCUAUGUCCGCCAAAAUCGGUCACAAAAGGUCGUCCAAGAAAACAACGUCUCAAAGGUGGGAAAGAGCUCGGGGAGAAGAAACAAAACAAAUGUUCUAUGUGCAAUGAAAUUGGACACACAAAACCAACUUGUGGUAAACACAACAAGGAAAAUAUUGUUGGCAUGGAAAAUAUAGCUUUCGACAUAUUGCCAAAGAAGAAAAAGAAAGAUUUGGCUCAUAAUGUUGGACUAAAUCCAGUGUUUACUUUAAAGCACUAA